AUGACUACCAGCCACAGCCUAAGACGAGAGUUUCUCUUUCUCUUCGCAUCCGCUGGCACUGCUGCUUCGGCUCAAGAGGGAGUGGUUUUCCAAAAGGCGAAAGACGAGCAAAUCGUCCACGAGGGCGUGAUGUCGCUGCUGAGGGCACUCACAAUAACUAUCGUCGAUGUUAGAUGCCGAUGGACAUCCCAUCCCAACCCGUUCUCCUCGGUUGAGCUGGGUCCCGAAGGGAGUAGCAAGAAGCUGACAGCAUUGACCUCUGCAAUGGUAUCGGAAGGUUGA